CGGCGCUGAGGAGACCCUGAGCGAGGCGGGGACGAGCGGCGGCGCGCUUUCGUGCCUGUGGGCUGCUGCUGCUGCCGGGAAGGGCGGCGCGCGUGUGCCUGUCUGAGGGGUCUCAUGUGCGGCGGAGGCGGCGGCGGCGGUGGUCCUUCGCCCUCAGGAGGAGGAGAAAGAGGCGCCUCAUCCCGGCGCUGCGUCCGCUGAGCCGGCUCCCCGGGCGGGCGGGCGGGCAGGCGGCAGGAUGAAGUUCGCCGAGCACCUUUCCGCGCACAUCACCCCGGAGUGGAGGAAGCAGUACAUCCAGUAUGAGGCUUUCAAGGAGAUGCUGUAUGCUGCUCAGGACCAGGCCCCUUCUAUAGAAGUCACAGAUGAAGACACUGUAAAAAGGUAUUUUGCCAAGUUUGAAGAGAAAUUCUUUCAAACCUGUGAAAAGGAACUUGCCAAAAUCAACACAUUUUAUUCAGAGAAGCUUGCCGAAGCUCAGCGCAGGUUUGCUACACUACAGAAUGAACUGCAGUCUACUUUAGAUGCCCAGAGAGAAAACAGUGGUCUCACCACUCUGCGGCAACGUAAAAUGCCAGUCUUCCACCUGUCCCAUGAGGAGCGUGUUCAGCACAGGAACAUCAGAGACCUGAAACUGGCCUUUAGUGAGUUCUACCUCAGCCUCAUCCUACUGCAGAACUAUCAGAACCUAAACUUCACAGGAUUCCGUAAAAUCCUCAAGAAACAUGACAAGAUCCUGGAGACUCCCCGAGGUGCAGAUUGGAGAGUUGCACACGUUGAAGUGGCACCGUUUUAUACUUGCAAAAAAAUCAACCAGCUCAUCUCUGAAACAGAGACAGUGGUGACUAACGAAUUGGAAGAUGGAGACCGACAGAAAGCUAUGAAGCGGUUACGUGUUCCACCACUGGGAGCUGCACAGCCUGCCCCAGCAUGGACUACCUUUAGGGUCGGGUUAUUCUGUGGAAUAUUCAUCGUGUUGAAUGUUACAGUCAUCAUUUCAGGUAUAAUUUUUCUGAAAGCAUUGAACGUGUGGCCACUCAUAAGAAUCUAUCGAGGUGGCUUUCUCCUGAUAGAAUUCCUCUUUCUCCUUGGGAUUAACACAUACGGCUGGAGGCAAGCUGGAGUGAAUCAUGUCCUCAUCUUUGAGCUCAACCCUCGCAGUAAUUUGUCCCAUCAACAUCUCUUUGAGGUUGCUGGAUUUCUUGGAACAUUGUGGUGCCUGAGUCUGCUGGCAUGUAUAUAUGGUCACCCCUAUGUUCCUAUGCAGGCAAACCCACUUAUAUUGUAUGGAUUUAUGUUGUUGUUUCUCAUAAACCCUACCAAAACCUUCUACUACAAAUCCCGUUUUUGGCUGCUCAAACUCUUGUUUCGGGUGUUCACUGCCCCCUUCCAUAAGGUGGGCUUUGCAGAUUUCUGGCUGGCCGACCAGCUUAAUAGUCUGGCUGUGAUACUUAUGGACCUUGAAUACAUGAUUUGUUUCUAUAGCUUUGAGCUCCAGUGGGCAGCCAAUGAUGCAUUGCUGGCAGAUCCAGUUGGUCAGAUCUGCAACACCUAUGCCUAUGGAGUGCGAGCAGUUGUCCAGUGCAUUCCUGCGUGGUUGAGAUUCGUCCAGUGCCUGCGCCGAUACCGUGACACCAAGCGGGCCUUUCCCCACCUUGUUAAUGCUGGCAAAUACUCCACAACCUUCUUUAUGGUGACAUUUGCAGCCCUUUACAGCACUCAUAAAGCUCGAAAACACAGCGACUCCCAAGUGUUCUUCUACCUGUGGAUCGUCUUCUAUUUUGUCAGCUCCUGCUACACCCUCAUCUGGGACUUGAAGAUGGAUUGGGGUCUCUUUGACAGGAAUGCUGGCGAAAAUACUUUCCUGCGGGAAGAGAUUGUCUACCCACAAAAGGCCUAUUACUACUGUGCCAUUGUCGAGGAUGUGAUUCUGCGCUUUGCAUGGACUAUCCAGAUCUCUCUUACUUCCAUGCCAAUCCACCCUUACGCCGGGGAUAUCAUCGCUACUGUGUUUGCACCACUUGAGGUUUUCCGGCGAUUUGUGUGGAAUUUCUUCCGACUGGAGAAUGAGCACCUGAACAACUGUGGUGAAUUCCGAGCUGUCCGGGACAUCUCGGUGGCACCACUCAACGCAGAUGAUCAGACCCUGCUUGAACAGAUGAUGGACCAGGAGGAUGGUGUCCGGAAUCGUCAGAAAAACCGGGCCUGGAAGCGUAGCCAGAGUGUGUCCUUGCAUAGACCGCGUCUUGCUUCCCAGUCCAAGUCUCGUGACACCAAGGUGUUAAUAGAAGACACAGAUGACGAAGCAAACACAUGAAAUGUCCACAGAACCAAGUUCCGCAUCCCUUGUGUUCUCUCGCUUUACUACCUUCUCCCUGCCCCCCGCCCCACACAACCACCACCACCAACAACCCAACUUCUGGUAUAUUUCCAGCAGAAAACAGGAGAAAAAAUCUGAACACACUUUCUGAGCUCUUCCGGACCGGAUCCUAUGGACUCCAACAAGCUCACUGUGUUUCCUUUUCUUUUCUUCUGGUUUUAAUUUGAUUUCUUGUUUUUAAAAUAAAAAGGUUACUUCGUUUUGCCAAUCAGAGGGACACUUAUGGAAGGAACUGUCUUAAAGAUUGUUUUCAAUCGCUUCAAGGACAUAACAAUUUCGAUGAGGAAGCAUCGUCGGGACUCCCCGAGGGGACUCUACCGAGAACUCACUCAGUCUCUGCUCGGUCCAGUUUUGACGGGUUGAAGCUGGACCUGCAUUUUAAACUCUGGCUCAUGCUCUGGUUUUUGGUGUUCUCCUCCUUCAUAACCCAGCACCAAGGCACUGGUUGCACUUGCCGGGAAAGUGCACUUAGGGCAGUACCUUCAUUCAUGAAGCUACUUUUUAAUUUGAUGUGACUUUCUUAUAAUUUUUUGGAAAUACGAUGUAUUUGUUGCACAUAGUUUUCACAUUAUUUAUGAUAGUUGACAACUAUAUAAGAGAAUGGUUUCGAGUCCUGUGCAAUGAAGGUGGUAGCUCUCUUAAAAACAAGGCGAGUGGUGGGGGGGAGGGGACGUAGAUCCUGAAUCUCUCUUCCUGUGAGGUUACGCCCCUUUAAAAUACCUCUUUGACGAGAGAAUUUGCACCGCUUUGACCUGACUUUUUCUUUCUCUUUUUCCAUUUGAUUUCUUUUAAACCAAAGUUUCUCUUGUGGGUUUUACUUGCUGCUGCUGCUGCCGCUGCCGCUGGUCCCUCAGAAACCUGGGCAUGAUUUUAGCCGGAUCAUCCUUGUCUCUCUUUGGGUUUUUGUUUUUUUAAAUGUAGCUGUGCAGAAGUAGUACAAAUGAUCUUCAGCUUUCUGACGGAGGUUAAUCCCGUGCAGUUCCUCAGAUACCCGUGCAAAAAAAAGCCUUAGUUUGUAGAUUAGGAAAAGUUUUUUGCUUUAAUGAGCUGAGUCUUUAGGACAUUACCCUUUUAAACAGGGGAUACAUGCAUUAUUCCAUUUACUUCAGCUACAUAAUAGGAGUGAAACUUGGGAUUAAGUGAAGAAAUGGUCUGCCUUGUUGGGGAUACAGGAUGAUGCCUUCAUCAAUCCAAAUGGGGGUUAGGCAGACACUCAAGACCUUGUCACUUAGGUGAGUUGGAGACUGUGGUCUCGGAAAUUGGUAUUGCAAUAGAAAGGGCUUUUUAAUGCUUUAAAAAUAAUAAUAAUUAAAAAAAAAACCUUUUGCCAUACUUUGGCAAAUACUCUUCUGACAAUCACUGGCCAAGAACAUCCUCAGGUUAGCUUUCUUUUCUUUCUUUUCUUUUUAACCUAUCUACCCCAAAUCCUGCCAAGCUUAGUGUUAGACCUGACUUCUGCAAGUAUUAUAUUAAGUGGCACUGCUAAUGGGAGUAAGGGUAGAUGGCCAUACAGUUUAGAAAAUUCUUUAGGAAAAGUUUCCAGCUUGAUUUUGUUUUAAUCCACGUUGGCCUCCAGAGCCCAUAGGAUAGAGCAGCAUGAAUGUCUUAAGAUGACCAUAUCCACCCCUCGUAGUCGCAAGCCUUGUUGUGUAUGCCACGCAUUUGUGCUUAAUGUUAGCAAACGAAAUCUUAUUUGUGCUCUGUUACACAGUGUGUGCGUAUGUGAGGUCAACACCAUAUAGUGGGGAAGCUACUAAAUUUCCCUGAACUCUGUCUCUAUUCCAAGACUUCACAGCAAGGACUGUGUUGUCUCUCUCUCUCUCUUUUUUAGCCAUUUCAGGUUGUAACUUCUUGCUAGUUCCUUUUCUCCUGCGGAGUCGUCUAGAGUCUGCAGAUCAGAGGCACACUUUUAAGCAAAGAGGGUUCCUCCUCCUUAAUCCUUACCCCCUUUUUCUUAGUUGAUAAUUGUGUCCCUGCUUACCUAUUUAUUGCCCACUUAUCUUCUCAAGCCAUUCAUUUUGUAGGGCAACUGUGGCUUAAAAAAAAAAAAAAGUAUUCAUAACGUGCCUGUAUCCCAGAGGAACUAGAGACUGGAAUCUGCUACUCUUCAACAGAGCAAAAUAAGUCAGCAAAACAGUGGCUGCAAAUUAGGGCCUCUUAGCAGGCAGAAGAGUGAGUCCUAGAAUCACAGUCACUUGUAUUGUGCUUUAGCCUAUCAAGAUAAUUGCUGGGAGAACUGCAAAAAAAACCCCACAAAUUUUAACAUGAUGGAUGGCCAGGGAGAGAGGUGUGUGGACGUUGGUAGAAAACAUGGGAGUUGUGCAGUGUGAGUUCUUCUGCCCAUUUGGUAUUCGAAAACCAAGCUACUCCAAGAGGAAAUAAUUCUGAGAACAGUUUUUAACAAUAGACCCUACAUGUCCUCCUGGGGUUCAGAAGCUCCAGCCUAGCCGUGCUGCCUUUCUCAGACAAGAUGCAUUUGCAAUUAAGGAGAACCUUUGAGAUAUUUCAAGGGUUUUUGUUUUGUUCUCUUUUUUUCUAUUCCAGGGGUCGGCUUUGUUUUGUUUGUAUUUUACUUACGAAAAUAGUUGAUUUUUUAAUUUUUUUAUGCAGAAAUCUGGUUGUUAACUGAUAAUUACCGCUGACUGUCUGAGAAUAAUGGUGACUAAUUAUAAAAGUUAGGAAGAUUAACGGCGCGAAAGGAUCAACGUAGCCUUGGGAUGCUGGUCUGAGCAAAUCAUGUGUCACCUCCCAAAGCAAUGCAACGCUUCUUAAGCUAGCGUAGAAAGAACUUGGCAGAGAGGUUUGAAAGUACAAGGGUAGAGUAGGAGGAGCAGUCAGUCGCUGGAGAAUUCUCAGCAGCCCAUGGACUCAGGUAGGAUGAAGGGAAAGGCUUUAUCUGGAGGCAGCUGAUAGUUAUAAAGAGAACUGAAAACAGUGUCUGGCAAACGUCAUUGGCCUUAGGAGCACAUGCAAAGUUUUCUACGCUUUGUCAUAGCGUCAUCUCUGGCCAAACUGGCCUUGUGGGUUUCUGCAGCAUUAAAAACUUGAAAAGCCUUGCUCACCAGAGGUGAUAAUAGGAAUGGAACGUGCCACAGGCAAGAGUGCCCCUUUUAUGCUGCUAUCAGUACUCUGAAAAAAAAAGCUAUUAUUAGCAGCGGGAUGCAUCCAGCUUAUCUGGAAACGACUGCACAGCUGGUCCAGACCUUGUGUCUAUGGGAACCCUUAAUCAAUUCUUGUGGGCAUUGCAUUGUUGCAUUUGAUUCUGAUACAGAGGGAUAGUCUUCACUCUCCCAACAUUAAUGACGUUCUCAGAAGAAGGCAAAAUUCAAGACUACUGUUUGGAGUGGCAGGUUUUACCAGGAAGCCCUUACAGUCUUUCUUCCAGCGGUGGUUUAGUUGCUGUAAUGCCUUGGGCAUUCCAUUCCAGUAUGGAUUUUAAAAAGAAUGGGAGUUUCAGUACUAACUCGGAUUUCUAUAUGUAACACACGAACUAGGAGAUUGCAGGUCUUGCCAGUACUGGAAUUCCUUUCCAGAUUACAUAUCAAGCAUGCUAGGCUAACUGUGGACAAGAUCCUUGACUUCCUGCUUCAGGUCUUUUGAAAUGAGUCACUCAUGCUUCUGGAAUCGUUUUUAAAAAGAGCCUCUUCUCUGAAUUUCUUAUUUCGUUCUUACAGCGGUCAGUGCAGAGUGGGAUCCACAGCUGUGCCAGAAAGGUGGUGUUCCCUGAACCCCUCAUUUUAAAAAAAACCAGCUGGUUUAAAUUUAAAGAUGGAAUAUUGGGACUGCCAGGACACAGCUUCCUCCUUCUUGAAUUGAAAAGGCUGUCUUUUGAUGGAGACAUGCAGUGGUUCUCCCCCCCCCCAAAAAAAAGGACAUUAGGAGAAUGUUGCUUCUGGUGUGUUUACUCAUUCCACUUCCACCUCUAAUCAGCAGUCUAAGGGUUUUAUUAAUUGGUAAAACAUGUUAAGCCUGAGGUGACACAGGAACAAGAAAUGACUUUCGGCUGUCUUUGAAGCUUGUUCAUCUCUAGCUUUUGUUUCAGCAGCCUCUAAACUUAGGGUGGUCUUCCUCUCUGCAACUUUCUUAGGUGGAGCUAUGUUAGAAAAAUCGAGAUACAGUAUGUGGCUUAAAUGAAAGCAGGUUAGUGAUAUUUGCCUUCUGCCUACCAUGGGCAUUUUAGAAGCAUCUUGUGUGAGAAUGUGCAGAAAGACUUUGCUACUUUGGCUUUCCUUUUUAAAAAGGGGUUUCCCGCUUUCUUGUGUUUGAGCAAACGGAGGAAAGGUUUGUCUCAAAUCAUAGGACCCCCAGCUGUCUUCUUUCCCUCCUUCUCCAUGGUGGUUCCCAGGUCAUGGAGAGCAGUAGGAAUUUUCCUGCACCUCUAGAACCAGGAUUCAAUUAUUAUUUUUUUCAUACAAUAAAGGUAGGUUUUGAUAAUCUUUCAGACCAUGCUUGCUAUCCCUGUUGAUCAGUUUUCUUGACUGCCACAAGCAAGCAAGCUCUGCAGAAAAAUGAGCAGCAUAUCUCCAUUUGGUGCUGCAUUUUCCACUUGUAUUCAGGAGAAGUUCUGUGGUUCUGGAUUCUAGGGGUAGGAAUGCCCAGUCUCCCUUACAAACUGCCUGUUGUUUGUCAGGACUUGACACUGAUAACAAGCCCAAACAGGGGACAGACUUCUUUCUUGUUUAGAAGCUCUGUUGCUUUCAAAUUGUGUUUCUUGGAACACUGGUGCUCCUUAAGUAGAAAGUCAGUAGUUGCAGGAAUGGUUCCUCGAAAUAGAAUUUGUCAGCUAUUAUUUCUCUUUAGUGUACUGCUGCUGAGAGCGGUUACAUGGGGCAACAGGAGGUCCAGCGUUCCUUGCCAACAUCCAUUGUAAACUGUCCCCUAAAGCAUAUGCCCCAGAACCAAAUGCAGAGUACAGGAAACCCACAGCGACGAGGUUCAACAAAGGGUAGGUUUGAAAACACUGAUCUAGAUCUUCCCAAAGAUACAAAUGAUUCGGUUUUAACAUGUGCGUUUUCCUUCGCAUGGAAACAUUACCAAGGAGGGCCACAGAUUUUCAUUGCCAUAAGUAAACUGGGGCAGAUAAGAUGUGUUCCAGGGGGGCAACAUUGCUACUGUGAUAAUCCCCUACUCCCAUAAGAAUGUUGAGGAAAGCCAAAGUUUUCUGAGAUUCAUCCGAGGGAUAAAUUAAAAUGCCUAAUUUUAGACAUUGCAAACUGCCCCUCUCGUGAUUGGUUGCUGGCAGGAGGUGGGGUAGCAGUGUCUGUUGCAGCUACACAAGGCAACUGAACCCCUUUACUGUGACGACAGACCUCAUACUUUAUGAGCACCAAACUUGGCAGGGUGGGGAACAUGACCCUCCAGGUAUUUCCGGACUACAGCUCCCAUCAUCCCUUGACCAUUUUGUGUAGGGCUGAUGAGAGUUGGAGUUCAACAACACCUAGAGGGCUAUGAGGCCCCUAUCUCUGCUUGACCAGAACUGAUAUAUCCUUUUCACCUGCAAGCAGCUGAUCAGCCAUGCGGAGAAAGAAAUUGCUUGGCCUUAAAUACUGGAGCUUUGGGCUCAGCUGGCUAAUGAGAGGGGGAAAGGAGAGGAAGACCUCAUUGAUCCGGAAGGGAAGGGUCAUUUCCAUAAUGCUAAUAUCUGUGUCCAGUGUCUUUUUGCCGCUCUUCUAUUAAAACUCUCCCCAUAAAUGUGACGAGCCCAAAGAGAUGUCACACAUUCUGGGGCAAGACUGAUGAACCUACUACUCCAGUAGCGCUAUGAAAAAGCAACCAGGGUGCUUACAGUUUCUGAUUGCAGGGUGUGUAAUUUGGCAAACCCAAGCCUUCGAUUGAGAAAAGUUUUUUUUUCUUUUUUUGCGCUGCCGGAGUAGUUGUGGGUAAAGGGAGCUGCAGGGUUGAUAAUUCGACUGGAAAUGUAAUCCUCUCGUGCCCAUACAGGCUAGUGGAUGAGCCUGCUUACCAAUCUAUACGAUAAAUCCCCUCCAACCUAUUUAGCUUUAUACUGUGUAGAUUCUUCUUACGGUGCUUGGAGGUGGCAACGAACUUUUCGUUCACACCUUUGCCCUGCUCUUCCUCAUUCCCAUUCCUCUACACCCUUCCAGUGUGUUGGUCUACAUGAUGAUUAUAUAAAGUUUGAAGCCCUGAGCUAUAGGUGUCAAAAGUAACUAUGGAAUGUGAUUUAGUCCUCUUGUGGGUGCUUUUCUCUUUACUUUCUUCCUUUCUCUAUCCCCUUCUCCACUCCUGUUUUGGCUCAGUGGAAAAGGUGAGGACAAAGACUUGCCGCUUGCUUGGACUCAUGAUGAUGUUAUCCGUGAUUGCGCUAUUAGCUGUUUCCUUCUCCUCCCCUCCCCCCCCCAAAAUGGAUAUAAGACUUUUCUGAAGUGUGGAAUUAACUUUCUUGAUAGGUAGGUUUAAAAAAAUGCACAAUGUGGUACUGUUUCAUAGUUCCUAGAUGGUUGUAUAAAAAAAAAAGUUAAUGUGGUUUGUGUUUUUAAAAGGAAAAAAAGUGAUUGGUUUAUUAAUCUGUCUUUUUCAUUAUUACAAGCUUUGUUUUCCAAUAA